AUGAGAGAGAUCAUUCAGAUACAAGCGGGACAAUGCGGAAACCAAAUUGGCGCGAAGUUCUGGGAGGUGAUCGCCGACGAGCACGGCAUAAACGGGCGAGGUGUUUACACGGGGGAGAGCGGCAUCCAGAUCGAACGCGUAAAUGUGUUUUUCAACGAAUCGCAACACGGACGCUUUGUGCCACGCGCCGUGCUCGUAGAUUUAGAACCGGGAACAAUGGAUAGCAUUCGCGCGAGCCCGUUCGGGCAGUUGUUCCGGCCGGACAACUUCAUUUUUGGUCAGUCCGGCGCGGGGAACAACUGGGCGAAAGGCUUCUACACGGAAGGCUUCGCGGUGAUGUUUAAGCGCAAAGCAUUCUUGCACUGGUUCAUCGGCGAAGGCAUGGAGGAAUUAGAGUUCACAGAGGCUGAGAGCAACAUGGCCGAUCUCAUUGCGGAGUACGAGCAGUACCAGGGCGUGACGGCAGAAAUCAUGGAGGAUGCGCAUAUGUAUUAG